AUGAAUGUGACGGUGCACUCAGAGGAAGCGUGGUGCGCAUUUGUGACACGCGUCUCUCCCCACGCGGUCUACCACACUCAGAGAGCGGUGUUGGUGGUUGUGGUUGAGGCGGACCGCGCGUGGCUCCCCCCGUGGAUAUCUGACAGGAGCGCGCGUGGAGAACAGCCGACAGAAGCCGCCCAGGGGUCCGCGUCCACUCUUGCCAGCAUGCGUCCCGGUCCCCUCCUGUCCCUGCUGCUCGGGGCCCUCUCCCUCUGUGUGCAAGGCUACACUGUGGACCAGGAGCACAGCCUGCAGUUCAGGGGCCCCGAGGCCUCCAUGUUUGGCUACUCCGUUCUGCUGCAUCGCCACAAGGCCCAGAGCUGGGUGGUGGUGGGAGCUCCCGUGGCCAACUCGUCAGACCCCUCGCUGCCCCCCCCUGGAGGACUGUACCGCUGCAGCCUGCAGGACCACGCCCACAGCUGUGUGCCCAUGAGAGCCGAGGUUAGCAGCUGUGGGAAGACAUGCGAGGGAGAGAGCGCCCACCAGUGGCUCGGGGUCAGUCUGUCACGGCAGCCGGGGGCUCAAGGAGGACAUGUGCUGGCAUGUGCUCACCGCUGGAAGAAUGUUUACUACUCCCAGAAGGAUGGACAGAACAACAAGCUUCCCAACGGAGUGUGCUUCCGAUACGGAGCCGACCUGCAGCACAGUCAGCCCCUCAUCCCCUGCUACAGAGAUCACCAGAGGAAGUUUGGGGAAGACUACGGCUCGUGUCAAGCCGGUAUCUCAAACGUCCUCACUGAGGAGCUGAUCGUCAUGGGGGCCCCAGGGACGUCCUACUGGACCGGCUCAGUGCUGGUCUACAACACAUCCAGUGGAGUAGUGUCCUCCUACGUGGAUGACCACUCUACGACGGUUAGCUUCGGCAGCUACCUGGGUUACUCUGUGGGGGCGGGGCACUUCCUGAGUGCGUCCUCGGUGGAGGUGGUAGGGGGCGCUCCGCAGUACAACCAGAGAGGAAAGGAGAGGAGCAGCCGCGCAGAGGGACACAGGACAUGGAGAGACACCCGCACGGAGGAGGAUCAGUGA